AUGACCCCUACCUCACCGAAAAGGCAACUAUCACCUAGAGCAUACCCAGGCGCAGUACUACUAUCCCCUAAAUUAAGCAAUACCAUUAAAGGAGAAAAUUCACCGAUUCCAGUCAUAAAUUCUGGUUCUGCUGCAUCAAAUUAUUUAGAUUCAUAUGGUUUGGAUUCCCCUACUCCAAUUAACUUUACUGCUAUGAAUGUACCAGAAAAAUUGAGUAAUAAAAAUGUUGAGAAUAUCAACAAUAAUACUGGAUUUACCUUGGACUGCAAUAAUAUGGUUAAUUUCACACAAGACGUGAAUCAAUUAGUAUAUUGGCUCAAUGAAUUAACUGUGUCUCAGCAAAAUACUGUGAUGGACAAUUUAUUAUCAUCCUUGAGAGAGGAGGUUUUACAAUACACUAAAUGGAAGUUGGAUAGCUUGAUUAAUAGCGGAUACAUUUCGCCAUCUCCAGUUGCUUCACCAAUUCCUCAGCAACAGCAAGCUAAUAUGGUAAUGAAUACUAUGGAUGAGGUUUUAAAUGGAUUUUCACCACUAGAGUCAACGCUGUCUGCCCCUGCAACCGGUGGUGGGAACUGCAAUAACGCUGGAGGUUAUUUAGAUUCUGUUAUCGUUACCGGGAGUAAUGUCAAUGACGAUCAAGUGCAUGAAUCGCAUAAUUUGGAAGAAGAUGCGAACAAAACGUACUUAUUGAAUCGACAGGACUAUAGUAAUAACAACAAUCUAGCUAUUCCAAACAGAAUUUCGAGCCCACAACCUUCGAUAUAUGAAUAUAUGUUAAGCCCCAGACCCAAGAGCGCUGAUCCAUAUAGAAAGGAGACUUUUAAAAAUGUGGUUGCUUCUGGUGAUACAAAUGGUAAUGAUGGGAAUACUUUAACUCAUGAUAAUAAUGAAGGUAAUAAAACAAACAAUGAUACAAAUGUAAAAACUACUGUUACUAAUAAUGUUUUAAAUAACACAACAGUUAACAACAAUUCUAAUAUGAAUAAAUAUUCUAUGCGUAUCAUGGGCAGCAACGGUAGUAAUAGUAAUUACAAAAAGUAUAAUGGAAUUAAAUAUUUAAGUGCGAAUGAUAAUAAUAGUAACACUUCAUACUAUACAGGUAACAACACUAACGCUAACAACCAACAUUAUCACAAUGGCCAGUAUCAUAAUUAUACCAGUGUAAAUGGCAACUAUAAGAAUCAUGGUGGCGGUAACAAAAUUAGUCAUAAAAAUCAUAAUAUGAUUUCAAAUAAUGCUACAGUUCAAACUACCGCAACAAGUAAUAAUGCCACUAACACUAAUACUAAUACUGAAAAUUUUACCAUACCUGCAAAUAACUCUAUGGACCCAGUAUUAUUAACUGAUUUAAAACUGUUGAAUAAUUUCCCCGCAUGGUUAAAAUCAUUAAGAUUACAUAAAUAUACAGAUGUCUUAAAAGACGUCCCAUGGCAAGAAUUAAUAUACUAUGAUGAUCCUCAGUUAGAGACUAUCGGUGUCACUGCCUUAGGCGCACGUAGAAAGUUAUUAAAAGCAUUUAACAUUGUCAAAGAAUAUAAAGAACAAGGGUUAAUACAAUAA